UCCUUUUGUAGAUUGUAUAACAUCACUCAAGUUCAUUACAGAGAAAUGUUAAUGUGCCUACUUAUUGGCCAGGAGAAUCCUGAAUACAACCAUCUACAUCAUGACAACUCCUAUCAUGCUUGAAUUAGAUAUUGAAUGUAGUUUUUUUAGUAUGUCCUUUUAGGUAAAUUUGUAUAUGAUGUCAAUUAUAUCAUAUGAGAUACUAAUUCUUUGAAGCACUAAACAUAAUUGAUCUUUAUAUGCAUAUAGUCUAGAUUAUUAUCCAUGUAAAUGUGGAUUAUUGGCCUUGAAAUAAUUUUUUUUGCCCAGACGAAAAAACCUUUUGAGAAUUUUCCUAUAGACAAAAGGAAAAGAAUAAAGAAAUGAGACCCAUCAAUAAAUUGUUAUACUGAAGGUAAUUUGUGAAGAGCUAUUCCGAGGCAGCUUCAACUGUUUAACAUAAAUCAAAGGGACCAUUGUUCCACCUUCAUUUUAAAACACUAACCCACUUCUUGUGUAAUAGGUAAUUAAGCUAAUUUUGAGCUCCCCUUUCCUUAGGGUUUACCGCGGAUUUUUACUGCAAAUAGAAAGUAGGGAAAGAGCCUUCCGAAACACUAGCUCUCUCAUUGUCUUCGUCUAUCUGCCAUGUCUUGGUGAAAAACUAGUGAACCAAAGGAAGAAAAGUUGACACUUGGACCUGCUGUAAGAGAGGGAGAACAUGUUUUCGGUGUCGCCCACAUUUUUGCAUCAUUUAAUGACACUUUCAUUCAUGUGACUGAUCUGUCUGGAAGAGAAACUAUGGUUCCUAUAACUGGUGGAAUGAAAGUGAAAGCUGAUAGAGAUGUGUCUUCACCAUAUGCUGCCAUGCUUGCUGCACAGGAUGUUUCUCAAAGAUACAAGGAACUAGGCAUUACUGCUCUUUAUAUUAAGCUCCGAGCUACUGGUUGUAACAAGACUAAAACACCUGGUCCAGGUGCCCAGUCUGCUCUUUUGGCACUUGCUCGUUCUGGGAUGAAAAUUGGUCGUAUUGGUAAGCUUCAUAUUAAUUUUUGCAAAGCCUUAUUGGCUCAUCAUAGAGACUUUUGUGCGGUUUUCCUACCUGUAUCCCUUUGUGUCCCUUGAACUGUUUCAGAUAAACUCUUUUCAAAUUGAAAUACAGCAAAUGCAAACAGUGUCAGUUGUUAGUUCUGUAUGGGUCAUCCGAUGCUUGUUUCAAAGCAAUUGAUUAAUACUAAAAACCAUUUGUAGAUAAAUAUUGCUUUUUUAGCAGUUUACAGUUUGAAUCUGCAUUGUUUCAUGGACUCACCAAGUCGUCUCGUACCCAUUCUUUAGUGGGCAUCAGUAGAGUUGCUUCCAGGAUACGGUU